AGCAGUUCUGCUCGGCACCUAGCGGCGCAGAGAGGAGCUACAACCGGCUCUUUCUUCCCUCUCCCAAUCUCUUUGGUGCCCCGUUCUUUCCUCUGUUCGCUGAUUUCUUCUUUACAUCGCGGACGAACGGUCACGAAGAACUCAAAACGUUGUGGUGCACGUUGUCUCCCCGCAUUCGCUUCGUUCGUUGUGGUUCCUCUGUCGCUUUCGCCUAGUGUUCGUGACAGCCUCCACGCCCGUUUCUAUUUUCACGUUGCUUUUCUCCUUCGCUUUCCUCGUUCGCCGACCCCUAUCCCUUUCGUCCGACGCGACGUCACGGCUCUGCUUUCUGUCGCUCUUCUAUCCUCGCGGUGUCUCGUGUUACCGAAAGAAACUAUUCUUUUCGAAAUCAAAGGGCCGACCUGAUACUUCUUCAUUCGCAAUCAACAAAGUGCGUCCAUUUCUUUUCCCUUUCUCUACUGCUUCUUGACCCCCGUGUUGUAUCUUUCACCGGCCCUUGACGGAGGGUGCCACUGUAAUGAGUCAGUCCGCCGCUCACCGGACACCCUAUGACUGGAAUGCAGGGGUGCGGGUACGGGUGCAGCGGGCGUGCCAGGCACCGUUCUACAGCGUCUUCCGCGAGGAAAACACGCGGCAGGUCGACAACGUCUACGAGGGUCAUCUUGGCGCCGCCAGUGCCACCUCGCCCCCCACCAUACAGGAGGAUGACCGCCGCCUGCUGUACUUCCCCUACCACAACAAGGCCUCGGCCCAGCGCACGAUGCAGGCGGCCGACGACGUUGCCCCUGAGACGGUGACACUGGUCGGUGCCACAGGUAUGAUGGGCAAGUUUGUUGCCGAGCAGUACCUCCGCCGCGGUAUCUGCGUGACGGUGCUGGCGCGCGACAUAGAGAAGGCAAAGGCACUCUUCUUGCCCAUUGCCGAUGGAGGGCGGGAGCGGAAUCGGGCUGCGUCGAUGGGGUACGUGCAGCUGCUCGGCUCUGCCGAGCAGCCAGUCCUCACGGCGGCGGUGGACUACACCGACGCCCAGCGCGAGGACCGGCGGGUGCUUCGCUACGAAUUCCGCACCUCGCACACCACACCGAAUGCUGAGACUGGCGGCAACAACACGAGUGCGGCUCCUACUACCGGUGCGACGAGCAGGGAAGGCCGACGCGUUACCCUUGAGCUGAUUGAGGGGGAUGUGGCGAGUGCCAGCGACUUGGAGUUCUCCAUGCGUCACGCCAGCGUCGUUUUCUACCUCGCCGCGGCGCUGGAGGAAGCCGCGGGUCCGUCGCUCUGGGCCGAUGGCCGCCCCUCCUCGCCCUCCUUAUCGUGGCUGUCGCCCAGCUCGUGGUUUGGCAGCAGCAGCCGGUUUGGCGGGUUCCUGCGUGCCUUCGAUGCGUGCCGCCGCGUCGACGCCCACUUCGUUGCCCUCACCCCUCUCUGGGUGCACGGCUCCCGCCUCUCGCCCUUCUAUUGGUACCGCCGGCUCGUGUCCCACCCGCGCGGCUACUGCAAAGCCGUGUGGCUGCAGGAGCAGACGCUGCUCAGCCAGUGGGGCCACCCCAGCCCGCGGUGCUACUUCGGCAUCGAUGAGGUGGAUGAAAGGCAGUUUGGCGGGGACUGGGAUUACUGGCGGCGAAUUUGGUUCUCCACGGAGCUGCCCGAUGACUUCCCGCUGCUGUCGCGCAGCCCGGUCCGCUUUUCGCUCUUCCGACUGUCCGACAUCGUCUUCCCGAGCUUCAAUGAGCGCGUCGUCGCGGCAAAGAACAAUCGCGUCGACGACGGCAUGCAUGUGAAUUCGGUAGGGCAGGGCGACCUCGACGCGCGGCUGCUGUCGAACGUUCUAGUUAAGUCCAUCGCGCUAUGCAAAUCAGUCGUGCAGAGCCGCAUUGACGUUGGCGGACGUCUACGCGACGGUGUCGAUAUGCACGACGCCGGCGCUAUGUUCGACCUCUUCGAGCAGUUCCGCAACGAGUAG